UAGCCCAUCGGAUAAAAACAUCUGUCCGGUCGGAGGAUCCUCCCUUUAGUGCGAGGUAUGAUGAGCUUUACUCUCUGCUCUCAUACCUCCACAAUGGUAUAGGUAUGGUAAACUUAGGUACCCAUAAACCCGUUACACCUGAUACCACAUCCAACAUUUCCACCCUCCAUUGCGAAUACAAAAAAACCGCCCAAUCACGUCGAUUAGUGUCCCGUGCUCUACAAAACUUAUUGUUGGCAACACCACAAUACUUCGAAACGAUCAUCGACACAACUGUUAUACAAUCUAAUACACUAAUAUCACCCUGUCAUUUGUAUACGUCAGCCCUUCACGUAUUUAUAGGACGGCCCACGGGAAAUUAUGACAGUUACCUGUGAAAAUUCAAGUGGAAAUCAGUUAAUUUGUCGUGAUUUUGGGAGAUGGUUCAAUAAUACAUAUGUAGUUUAAUUAGCUUGAGUGAAUAUCUAAGGAAGAACCACACAAUGAUAAUCACUAGCAGUUCCAAUUAAAUCACUUCUAGUUGCAAGUUCAAAUUUAUCUACACGGUUCUGAAAUCGCCAGUGACUCCAUUGAUCUCUACUGGUUCAAUGGCGGUCGACAAACCAUUCAAAGCUAAAAACAUGUGAAUUAAACUUUAGAAGACAAAAAGGUAACUCAAACCUAAAUUAAAAUGGAAGUGCAAACCGAACCUCUAGACUUAUCAACAAAAGGCAGAAAGCCGAACAAAAUGUUAAACAUCAUAGACUUCAAGUUUCUCGAAGGGCUGAACAACCACCUAGUCAAGUUGUACGAGAGAACCACAAUGGUCUGCAGCAAAGACAGCUUCUGCUUGCCACAGAAAGCUGCCACCAUGAAGAACAUACUGCCCUGUCAAGUGUGCUUGAAGACCUUUGACCGACCCUCGCUGCUGAAGAGGCAUAUGAGGACGCAUACAGGUGAAAAGCCUCACAUAUGUAACGUGUGCAACAAAGGCUUCAGCACAUCCAGCUCAUUGAACACGCAUCGGAGAAUACAUACAGGUGAAAAGCCUCACAAAUGUCCUGAAUGUGGCAAAUGCUUCACAGCUAGCUCCAACCUGUACUAUCAUCGCAUGACACAUACAAAGAACAAGCCGCACAAAUGUUCGUGGUGCCCGCGCUCGUUCCCCACGCCCGGCGAGCUGCGCGCCCACGCCGCCGCGCAUGCGCGAGCUGGCCGACCACGAGACCUACUGCACCAUUUCACACACACGUCAACCCUCUACACCUAGAUCAGAAACCACCAAAGAUCCCAA